AUGCUUUCGGUGCACUUGUUAAUCGCAGCUGGAAUCCUUCUGUGGAUUCGUUUCCUGUGGAGUCGGCGAAAGUUAUACUUGCUGUCACUUCAGUUGCCAGGACGCCUCGGACUCCCCUUUCUUGGAAUUGCAGCAGAAUAUUUCAUUUUCUAUAGACGUAAAAUAAGUAUACGAAGUAAGUUUAUGAAGAAAUACGGUUCAACCCUUUUGACCUGGAUGGGGACUAAGCCAGUGGUGCUGACAAGAGAUCCAAAGAUUGUCGAGGAUGUUUUAACAUCAUCUUCGUGCACCAACAGAAGUCCGCAUGCGAGCAAUGCGAUUGCAGAUUCCCUGGGACCUGGAUUAUUGACAUUUCAAGGAGCCCAGUGGGCUGAGCGCCGUAAGCAGUUGAAUCCCUCAUUUAAACACAAUGUAUUGCUCAGUUUUCUGCCAAUUUUCAAUGACGAAACAAGAUCUCUGGUGGGCUUAUUUGAUUCUUUUGUGGGCCAAGGAGAAGUAGAUGUACUUCCACAUCUAAUCAGAUGGUCUUUUAGAACAUCCACUCAAACUACUUUGGGAACCAACGUGAAGGAAGACGAAAACUAUAAAAAUGAUGCAGUACUGGAAAGCUUUAAGACGUUCCUAACUAAUACAACACUCACUUUAUUGAUGCCUUUUCUGCAAAAUACAUUUUUAUCCAAAAUUUUUGGGAUUAAAAAGAAGGUGAAAAGAGCGGUAUGCACAAUCGGGAAUUUGAUGGACAAGAUAAUCAACAAAAAGCUUAUGAUUGAGAUGGAAAGUUCGUACAAUUGUGAUCCUGAAAUGAACACGGUCAUACACAGAACCAUUGAGCUUUAUCGAAAAGGCGAAAUACCCUUUAAUGAGCUGAAGUCCGAAUGUAGUAGUAUUGUUGUGGCUGCCUUCGAGACAACCGCUCAUACGGUGUACCAUACCCUCAUUCUGCUAGCCAUGUUUCCCGACAUUCAAGAAAACGUCUUCAACGAGAUUAAGGAACUAUUCCAAACGACCGAAGACUUGGAAAUAAUCUACGAAGAUCUCCAGCAGUUGGUUUACUUGGACCGCGUGCUGAAUGAGUCGUUGCGAUUGAUAGCACCCGUUCCUAUCAUCACGAGGGACACGGUGGAGGACUUGCAACUAUCGAACGGAGUUCUCAUCCCCAAAGAAGUUACGAUUACCAUCGACAUCUUCAACAUGCAUCGCAAUCCUGAUGUCUGGGGCCCCGAAGCUGCGAAGUUUAACCCAGAUAACUUCCUGCCGGAUAAAAUAUCCAAAAUGCAUCCAUACGCCUUUAUGCCCUUUUCAAAGGGAAGGAGAAACUGCAUAGGUUGGCGAUACGGACUGAUGUCUUCAAAACUUGCGUUGGUCAAAAUACUUAUGAACUUCGAACUUAGCACUUCCUUUCGCUACGAAGAUCUGGAUUUCGUUGACAACAUGGUUGAAAUGCUCACGUUGCAAAUUUUAAAGGGUGCUGCGAUACUCUUGUGGAUUUAUUUCCUAUGGAGCCGACGCAGAUUCUACAGGAUGAUGCUGCAGGUGCCUGGACCAAUGGGACUUCCCUUCAUAGGGCUUGCCUCCGAGUACCUUCGUCUCAAACGGAAUUUGAACUUGCGCACAAGGUUCUUCGACACAUAUGGACAAACCGGAAUGGCCUGGAUUGGAAUAACGCCUGUCCUGGUAACCUGUGAGCCAAAGAUCCUCGAGGACAUUUUUAUGUCUCCGCAUUGCACCGAGAGGAGCUCUGUUGUUGACAAAGCCAUAUCAUCUUGUGUUGGUCCGGGACUUCUGACUUUAAGGGAUCCUCAUUGGCAUGAGCGACGAAAACUGUUGAGCCCAUCCUUCAAAAACCAGGCCAUUCUUAGUUUUGUACCUAUUUUAAACGAUGAAUCGAAUUCCUUGUUGACCUCUCUUGACAGAUUCGUAGGUCAAGGAGAGAAAAACUUGCUACCCGAUCUAAAUAAUUGGUCAUUCAAAAUAGCCGCCCAAAUUACAAUGGGAAGUGAUGUGAGGAAUCAGGCAAACUACAACAACGGAAAUCUGAUGCAGAACUACAAAGCCCUCAAUGAGCUUAUACCUAUUGGAGUUGUGAUGCCAUGGCUCAGGAACAAGUGCAUUGGAAAGCUGAGUGGCUUUGAGAAAACAAGACUGGAGGCCACAUCCCAGGCAAAUUCAUUUAUAAAAGACAUAAUUGACAAAAAGCUGAGCAGCAGCUCAGAAACCAGCUCGGAACCUGCUCUAAUCGAUCGUAUUCUAGAUCUUGUAAGAAGAGGUGAUCUUUCCUAUGACGACGUUAUGGGCGAAUUCUCUAAUAUAAUAUUUGCCGCAUCUGACACCUUAUCCAUCACAGUCAACAAUGUGCUUAGCCUUUUGGCAAUGUUCCCUGAAAUCCAGGAUAAAGUAUUUGAGGAGCUUAUCGAACUGUUUCCUGAAGUAGGAGAAUUCGAGGUCAGCCAUCGAGAUUUGGAGAAGUUGGUGUACUUGGAUCAAGUUUUGCAUGAGGCGAUGCGCUUGAUACCUGCGGUGCCACUAUUGAUAAGGCAAACAUCCCAGGACAUUCAGCUUUCGAACGGGUUCCACAUUCCCGAGGGCGUGACCCUGAUGAUAGACAUUUUUCACACCCAUCGGAACAAGGAUGUCUGGGGACCCAAUGCUGGGGCCUUCAAUCCUGAUAACUUUCUGCCGGAAAACAGGAGAGAGAGGCAUCCUUAUGGAUACUUACCAUUCUCUAAAGGUAAGAAAACCUGCAUGGGCUAUAAAUUGUCAUUAAUAUCUGCAAAGUUGACUCUGGCUAAGAUAUUGCGGAACUAUAAGCUGAGCGCAAAGUUUUUGUUCAAGGACCUCCAGUUUAUUGACAAUACUACUAUAAAGCUGGCUGAACAACCAUUAUUAGAAGUUGAGCGCAGGUCUUAAAUC